AAUCGAGCGCGAAAAGUUCUACGUGAGACAAAUUACACAAUCUGUACACCGUUCUUUAUCAGAGAAUCGUUGCUGCGUUGAAUAUUGCUCAAGGUAAACAAGCAUACCAACCUGACACCUUGUUCUAUGACUACCUGGCUACGGCUGACCUUGCCGUCGACGGAAAUGUGAACCAACACUACCACCAAGGUCGUUCGUGUGCACAUACCAUUUCCACGGGCAACGUAUCCUGGGAAGUGGAUCUGCAGGGUAUUUUCGUCAUCGAGAGCGUCAAGAUCUACAAUAGAUUGGAUUAUGGCACGCAUUUUCUACAAAAUGUAGAGUUACUCAUCGGAAUGUCGAGGGACGGGUUUCAUGCACAGGCAGGGUUCCACCCAGGGGCGGUUGGCGCCACCUACACCUUUGUACUUGGAACGCCCAUGUACGGUCGGUGGGUGAAGGUAGCCAAUCAUUCGCCGGGUAACGUUCUUCAUCUGUGUGAGGUUCAAGUGGAGGGGAGCGUUUGGAGUCCGAUUAAAGCCAUGGGAUCUCACAAGUACGCGGUAUUUGUGAACCACUUCCACACGGGCACAGCACUCGCAAUGACCAGGAACAUCUGGACGGAUAUCAUCUGCGCAUCACAGUGUUCUAAAACACAGAACUGCGUCAGUGCCCAUUACAACAAAGCGACCUUGACCUGCAGUCUGUUUGAUACGCUGAACUUCCAGAUCGGAGGCGGAGCUGAUGACGUCAUAAUCGUCAUUUCCUACUACACAGGCGCAGUUGCUUAAACAACAAACAGCGCUUUGG